AUGGCCGCCAUCCCACAGUCAGCCUCCGAUCAACCCCAGGUCAUCCACACCCCCCCAACUCAAUCCCGCGACAUGCUCCUUGGUAUCUCCGCACUCCUCAUUUCCGCCACCUUUCUGCUGUACAACCAUCCGCCGCGGGCAUGGCUGCAGCUGUUCAGGCAAUGGGGUCAAAGGGGGCUCGCCGCCCCUCCCAAGUCCGACGACAUUGCGAGCGAACCCGCCCCGGGCUCCUCACACAAGUCUCCGCCGCCGCCCGUCGCAGAUGAGCGCAAACCUGCCGUGAGCAUACAAGUUCCGCGCUUGGACGAGGUGCCCUCCGAAGAUAGCGAGUCAGCGCAAACGACCCCCAAAGCCACCGUCUUCCCGGCCGUGCCGAUAUUCACAGUCGCCUCCUCCGACCAUGACAACCACGACGACGACGACGACGAAGGCGACGACGGAGACAGCUUGCCUCCGCCAUCCUUCCCUGCCGUGAACUCUGCGCAGCGCACCUCCGGCCCCUCGCCCGCACCUUCCGCUCUCAAGUCGCCGUCGGCCCAGCCAUCCUCACUCGCACCACCGCGCCUCGCGCCCGCGCCACGGCUACAACAGCAGCGUUCAGGCGGGCUGAUGCCGCCACCGCGCAUGCCUGCGAGCUCUCUGCGCACCGGCCCAUCCGGCCCGCUACCGAACAGAGGACCGCCCAGAAGCGGCGGCGGCGGCGGCGGCGGCGGCGUUUUUUCUAGCAACUUGGGACUGCCUAUGGCGGCACCGGUCAAGACGCCAAACCCGCGCGCCAAGGUGUCGCUGACGCCGGGCCAUUCGCCGCUGGACUGGGCGGCGCUGGUCAAGUCGAGCGCAAAUCUGUCCGGCGUCGGAUCGCUGCGGCGCGUCGCGCCGUCGGAGCUGAAGCGGUACAAUGGCCGUAAGAACAAGCAAACGGGUGAGACGAUGCCGGCGUGGAGCGCAUACCAGGGGAAGGUGUACAACAUCACGCCGUACCUGCCGUACCAUCCCGGUGGCGAGGGUGAGCUGCGCAGGGCGGCGGGCAAGGAUGGGGGAAAGCUGUUCAAUGAAGUGCAUCCGUGGGUGAAUUGGGAUAAUAUGCUAAGUGAAUGUGUGGUGGGUAUUUUGGUGCCUGAGCACAGCGCGGAAGACCCCGCUGCGAGCAGUUUGGAUGACAUGGAUUGA